AUGCGGACGACAAGGCAUAGCGACACGGAGGGUGGCACAGAUGACGACCAACACUGGACCCCCCGUUACCGCUCGGCCUCGCUGGCCCUCACAUGUGCCCAAGGCCCUAUCACGCAAGUACAAGCACAUCUCCAGGCCUUCGCUCAAUACUUGCUCCAUGAAGAGCUUGCAUCCCCUCAAGCCGAGGCAUUGGCUGACGGUGUCCCCGAGCACGGUACCCGUGCACAUACCCAAGGACUUGCUUCACCUAAUAGCUUGUCAGGUUAUCAUUUAACACCAUCGUUAAUUUUAUGUUCAGUUAUUUCUAUGUUUGAGACUAAUGUCAUUGCCUGCAUAAAUCUAUGCCUACACUCGAUACACUAA